AAUUCAAACUGACAUUCGUGGGACGCUUUGACGCUGUGAAUUUAAAGAAAAACCGCUCGUGCACCAACAACAAUCAUGUCGUCGAAACGCAAGUCAGAACCAACGAAGAAGCCGGCGAAGCGCAACAAGAAGAAGCAAGACAAGGAUUUCGAGUCGGAUUUGAGCGACGACUUUGACGAUGAAGUUCCGCCGCAGCAAGAAGUUCUCAUUCCAGCAGAAUUGGGACCUGCAACGCGUUUGCCCGAAGAAUUGUUGCACACAUUCGACCGCGAACCGGGCAAGCUUUUGAUUGCCGGCAUGGUAACGUGGGAAAUGACAGGGCGUCGUGCCGAUUCGAAAGGCGUAACGAAAAUCCGCCCCAAUUUGUACUAUUUCAAUCGUUUCACGGAUGAAAAGUAUCGUUUUGCGACUUCGGGUCCUGCAUCGGCUCACAGCGUCUUGAUCAACAUGGAUCGCAAAGCUCUCACGUUCGGGCGCAAUCAAUACGGGCAACUUGGACAACCCGAAACGCGCGCUUACGAGAAACCCACGCCUGUUCCGGGACUCGAGGGAUUCAAUAUCAUCUCAGCUGCCUGCGGGCGCAAUCAUACGUUGUUCCUCACGGAUUUGGGCACCGUUUAUGCGUGUGGCGACAACAAAUCCGGGCAAUGCGGCGUCGGAAAUACCACGCCAACUAUCAUGAAGGCACAACGUAUCAACUAUGCAGGCCCGCCAAUCAUCAAAGUUGGAUGCGGCGCCGAUUUUUCCGUCAUUUUGGAUAUCAAGGGGAACUUGCAUACCUUUGGAUUGCCCGAAUAUGGGCAAUUGGGACACAAUACCGACGGCAAAUACUUCAUGACAUCCACAAAAAUGUCUUUCCAUUUCGAAACGUCGCCCAAACGCGUCGUUUUGUUCAUCGAAAAGGCCAAAGAUGGGCAUGUAACGCCCGUCGAUGACGUUCAAAUUGUCGAUUUCAGCUGCGGAAACAACCAUACUGUCGCUGUCGAUGCCAAGAAACGCGCUUAUUCAUGGGGAUUCGGAGGCGUUGGGCGUUUAGGACAUGCCGAACAAAAGGAUGAAAUGGUUCCGCGUCUCAUCAAGUACUUCGACAUUGCUUCCAAAGGUGUCAAACGUAUUUUCUGCGGGGCAUCUUACAGUCUCGCAAUCACCGAAUCCGGACAACUCUUCUUAUUUGGACAAAAUAAGAAAACUGGAGAGGCAAACAUGUAUCCAAAACCCGUUCAAGACUUGAGCGGAUGGAACAUCAAUGCAAUUGGUACGAGCAACACAUCCAUCAUCAUUAGCGCCGACGAUAGUUUGAUCGCAUGGGGUGCUUCUCCAACUUUCGGUGAACUCGGUUUGGGCGAUUUGCAAAAAUCCUCAUCCGUUCCAAAGGAAGUCAGCAAGAUGGAAGGCAUGAAAAUUGUCCAAGUUACCAUGGGAAUGUCUCACACUUUGCUGUUGGUCAACACAGAAGACGAGAAAACACGCGAAAAAUAUGAGAAAUUCAACGAGUUUGUUAUCGAAGAGUAAAAAAACGAUCCUCGAUCUUCGCAUCAACUUAAUUUAUUUUACAUUUUUUUUAACAAGAAAACUCGAGAUGUAAUUUUUU